AUGAAUCACGGCUUCAACAUCGACAGUCCGAUGGGCGAAAUCUGGGGUUUGGCAUAUUCAGAGAAACGCUUCCUGCCCGACUACAUAGUGCCAACUGUAAGUUUGGUGGAGGCUACAGAGUACCAUCUGGGCCUGCUGAAGGCUAAGCUAGCGAAGUACCGCGCCCAGCUGCUGGAACCGUCCAAGUCCGCAGGAGCCAAAGGAGAGGGCUUCGAUGUCAUGAAAUCUGGAGACGCACGUGUUGCACUGAUUGGCUUCCCCUCCGUCGGAAAGUCCACCUUCCUCAGUCUGAUGACAGCAACAGCCAGUGAAGCAGCUUCCUAUGAGUUCACCACCCUGACCUGUAUCCCUGGAGUUAUAGAGUAUAAUGGAGCCAACAUCCAGCUGCUGGAUCUGCCAGGAAUCAUAGAAGGAGCUUCCCAAGGUACAGUAACUGGUUUCCGUGAUGUGUGUUCUGUUCUUAGUACUAGCAGCUAGUUGAUAUGUGUUCUGUCUGUCUCCCCAGGUUAGUUAGUUAGUGUGUUCUGUCUCCUCAGGAAACUCCUGGAGAAGGAGUUGGAGUCCGUCGGCAUCAGACUCAACCGCUCCAAACCCAACAUCUACUUUAAGCCCAAGAAAGGAGGGGGUUUGUCCUAUAACUCCAUGGUUCCUCUGACGAUGUGUUCUGAGAAACUGGUCCAGCUUAUCCUCCACGAAUACAAAAUCUUCAAUGCGGAGGUUCUGUUCCGAGAAGACAGCACUCCUGAUGACUUCAUCGACGUCAUUGUUGGGAACCGAGUUUACAUGCCCUGUUUAUACGUGUAUAACAAGGUGGAUCAGAUCUCUAUAGAGGAGGUGGACAGACUGGCCCACGAACCCCACAGCGUUGUCAUCAGCUGUGGGAUGAAGCUGAACCUGGACUUCCUGUUAGAGAGGCUGUGGGAAUACCUGGCGCUCAUCUGUCUUUACACAAAGAAGAGAGGAGAGAGGCCUGACUUCAGCGACGCCAUCAUCAUGAGAAGAGGAGCGUCUGUAGAACACGUGUGCCAUCGGAUCCACAGAACGUUAGCCAGCCAGUUCAAGUACGCCCUGGUCUGGGGCACCAGCACCAAGUUCGACCCCCAGCGGGUGGGGCUGACGCACAUCAUGGAGCACGAGGACGUCAUCCAGAUUGUUAAGAAGUGAAACAGCUCUUCGGGAUAGGACCGAUGACGGGCUUGGGGGUGGGACGAGUUAGUAAAAACAGGCCUUCUGAUUGGACGGAAUACAAGAUGGGUGGGAGGAGUUAGUAAAAAACAGGCCUUCUGAUUGGACGGAAUACAAGAUGGGUGGGAGGAGUUAGUAAAAAACAGGCCUUCUGAUUGGACGGAAUACAAGAUGGGUGGGAGGAGUUAGUAAAAAACAGGCCUUCUGAUUGGACGGAAUACAAGAUGGGUGGGAGGAGUUAAAAAAAACAAUAACAGGAAGUUGAUUUAUCCAGAACCAGUGGUACAGUAGAUUCUAAAGUCCUGAUUCUUAUUUUGCAUUUAGAACAAACAACAAAAAAUAACCAAUCAAGAACCAGAUGCCAUCUGGGUUACAAGAGGACAGGAAGCAACGUAUUUUAACUUUGUUGACAUUUAAACGCAUCCAGAAUGACAAGGGAAACUAAAUAAAUUCCACGAACGUGAAAUGGACACAA